CCUCGAACAUCGACCAGCGCAGCUCCUUCAUACAUCUACAGCAAAUGUCGGAUCAGCUUUCAUUCGUCUUGGGUCCAGCAUUAUCACAUGUGGCUACAUCCAGUCCGAUACAUCUCCUACCAUUCUCGCUUGGUUCUACGUCCAAUCCCUACGCCUCUACUUCCGCCUCCAUCUCAGCCUACUUUCAACCUCGGCCAUGUCCAGCCGAUCAUCCAUCGUUCAAGGAAGGGACCCCCAUCGCGGCGUUCCGAGGUCGUCAGCUGGUGGGUCAAGAGCUAGAGGUGCCUGCUGGGUAUAAGGGCAUCGUUCUCCGAACGAGUAAUAGGCCAGACAGAGGAGGAGGCAUGGAACUGGGUCGAGGUCAAGCCGUAGCUGGUAAAUGGCCUUUGACCCCCUCUACAUCAGUAGCGUCCAGCUCGAGCAUGGCUUCCGUAUCAGAGACACAUGACAUCAGCAGCGAGUCCUCUGGAGCAAGAAGGAGCCCUAGAAAAGUCAAAGGGUCCGGACAAGUUGCACUGUCAAAACCACGCCAAUCUUUCCGACGAGGUCUUAGAAAGAGAUUACGUCUAGAUUCAGACUCGGAGGACGAAAACGAAGCGCCGACUUCGAUGCCCGUGGCGACUACUCCCAAGAGGGGAAGAGCGAGAGAAACAAAAACACCAGUCAAGGCUGUACCGAUCAUCGUACCGGAGAUCAAGGUCCAAGGUCCGACUCCGAGAAAGCCACACGAAGAGGAACCAGUUCCCCAAUUCAGAUUACGUGGACCAACCGGUAUGGAUGAUCAUGAGUCGUAUGAUGGGGCUCAUUCGGCAUCGGGAUCUGAAGAGAGCGUCAAGUCCGAAGCGAGCGAGGAACCGAUUGUCCCUUCACCCUCUACGGAGGAUCAACCCCCUUUGUUCAAGGUCGAGCCCGGGAGUACGUCGGGCGAAGUGCAGCAUGUGGAGGUCGUUCCAACGGAGUCAGGCAUCGAAGAGCGAGGCCAGACUAGCGAGAACUGGUCUGAUCCAAACUGCGUUCGACAGCUUCGUCCGGUGUCAAGGUUCGAGUCCAUCACAUUGUGGACACCUGAUGCUCCAUUAGGCGGGUUCCGACAGGACGAAGUAGCCGUAUCACGCAAGUCGGUGGAUCCAGGCUCCAUAGAAGAUUCAGAUGCUGCAAGGACUGAGGAAGCCAAAGCUGUAGCCGAAGAAGCAUCGGCUGCAGCCGGAGACGCUGCCGCAAAGGACGCUCAAGCUCUCAAUCUCAACAAGGGAUGGUGGCGGGUCGGAGGGGCCGGUGAAGGUGGUGACGACUUUGUCAGGGGAAUGGGCGAAUGGAUCGGGUUGGUUCAGGUGCUCAAUGACCCGGUAUAUUUGCAACGUCAUCCAGAAGACGAGAAUGAGGAAGAAGAUGAGUGACAGGCCUGGACUCUGUGAUGGAUGGCGCAAUCAGGGUCUACUGUGGAAAAUGCGAUACUAUGCCGUCAGGAUUCCUGUCCGCUGGUGUAUGACCUGCGGAGUGACUGAUCAUUGCAUUUGUUCUUCU